CGCCCGCGACCCAGCGCCCAGGCUAGACGCCCCGUGAGGAGCCGCGCGAAGGUCACCCCGCGCCCGCCCGCCAGCCAGCCAGCAGCCAGCAGCUAGCCGCCUGCCCCGCCGCGCCCCCGUCGGUCUGUCCGCCGCUGCGACCGAGCUCCCAACGCAUCCCGCCGCAACCCCGUCCACGCGAGCGCCAUGAAUCAGAUAGAGCCCGGCGUGCAGUACAACUACGUCUAUGACGAAGAUGAGUACAUGAUCCAGGAGGAGGAGUGGGACCGAGACCUGCUCCUGGACCCGGCCUGGGAGAAGCAGCAGAGGAAGACUUUCACUGCCUGGUGUAAUUCCCAUCUCAGGAAAGCUGGCACCCAAAUUGAGAACAUCGAGGAAGACUUCAGGAAUGGCCUUAAACUCAUGCUGCUCUUGGAAGUCAUCUCAGGGGAAAGGCUGCCCAAACCUGACCGAGGGAAAAUGCGGUUCCACAAAAUUGCUAAUGUCAACAAAGCUCUGGAUUACAUAGCCAGCAAAGGGGUGAAACUGGUGUCCAUUGGGGCAGAAGAAAUUGUUGAUGGCAACGUGAAAAUGACCCUGGGUAUGAUCUGGACCAUCAUCCUUCGCUUUGCCAUUCAGGAUAUUUCAGUUGAAGAAACGUCUGCCAAGGAGGGUCUGCUACUUUGGUGUCAGAGGAAAACGGCUCCUUACAGAAAUGUGAACAUUCAGAACUUCCACACCAGCUGGAAAGACGGCCUUGGACUCUGUGCCCUCAUCCACAGACACCGGCCCGACCUCAUUGACUACUCAAAGCUUAACAAGGAUGACCCCAUAGGAAAUAUUAACCUGGCCAUGGAAAUUGCAGAGAAGCACCUGGAUAUUCCUAAAAUGUUGGAUGCUGAAGACAUUGUGAAUACUCCCAAACCCGAUGAAAGAGCCAUCAUGACUUACGUUUCCUGCUUCUACCAUGCUUUUGCGGGAGCAGAGCAGGCCGAGACAGCGGCUAACAGGAUAUGUAAGGUUCUUGCUGUGAAUCAAGAGAAUGAGAGGCUGAUGGAAGAAUAUGAGAGGCUAGCAAGUGAGCUUUUGGAAUGGAUUCGUCGUACGAUCCCCUGGCUUGAGAACCGGACUCCUGAGAAGACCAUGAAAGCCAUGCAGAAAAAGCUGGAGGACUUCCGAGAUUACCGUCGGAAGCACAAGCCGCCCAAGGUGCAGGAGAAAUGCCAGCUGGAGAUCAACUUCAACACGCUGCAGACCAAGCUGCGGAUCAGCAACCGGCCGGCCUUCAUGCCCUCCGAGGGCAAGAUGGUGUCGGAUAUUGCUGGUGCCUGGCAGAGGCUGGAGCAGGCAGAGAAGGGUUAUGAGGAAUGGUUGCUCAAUGAGAUACGGAGACUAGAGCGCUUGGAACACCUGGCUGAGAAGUUUAGGCAGAAGGCCUCAACGCAUGAAACUUGGGCUUAUGGCAAAGAGCAGAUCUUGCUGCAGAAGGAUUACGAGUCGGCAUCCCUGACGGAGGUGCGGGCCCUGCUGCGGAAGCACGAGGCCUUUGAGAGCGACCUGGCCGCGCACCAGGACCGUGUGGAGCAGAUCGCAGCCAUCGCACAGGAGCUGAAUGAACUGGACUAUCAUGAUGCUGUGAAUGUCAACGAUCGAUGCCAAAAAAUUUGUGACCAGUGGGACAGGUUGGGAACGCUCACCCAGAAGAGGAGAGAGGCCUUGGAGAGAACCGAGAAAUUGCUAGAAACCAUUGAUCAGCUUCACCUGGAGUUUGCCAAGAGAGCUGCUCCUUUCAACAACUGGAUGGAAGGUGCUAUGGAGGAUCUGCAAGAUAUGUUCAUUGUCCAUAGCAUUGAGGAAAUCCAGAGUUUGAUCACAGCUCAUGAGCAGUUCAAGGCCACGCUCCCUGAGGCAGACGGGGAACGGCAGUCCAUCAUGGCCAUCCAGAACGAGGUGGAGAAAGUGAUUCAGAGCUACAACAUCAGGAUCAGCUCGAGCAACCCUUACAGCACCGUCACCAUGGACGAGCUCCGGGCCAAGUGGGACAAGGUGAAGCAGCUGGUGCCCAUCCGGGAUCAGUCCCUGCAGGAAGAGCUGGCUCGCCAGCACGCUAAUGAGCGCCUGCGGCGCCAGUUUGCUGCACAAGCCAACGCCAUUGGGCCUUGGAUCCAGAACAAGAUGGAGGAGAUCGCCCGGAGCUCCAUCCAGAUCACAGGAGCCCUGGAAGACCAGAUGAAUCAGCUGAAGCAGUAUGAGCACAACAUCAUCAACUACAAGAACAACAUCGACAAGCUGGAGGGAGACCAUCAGCUCAUCCAGGAGGCGCUGGUCUUUGACAACAAGCACACGAAUUACACCAUGGAGCACAUCCGUGUUGGGUGGGAGCUGCUGCUGACCACCAUCGCCAGAACCAUCAACGAGGUGGAGACCCAGAUCUUGACGAGAGACGCGAAGGGCAUCACUCAGGAACAGAUGAAUGAGUUCAGAGCCUCCUUCAACCACUUUGACAGGAGGAAGAAUGGCCUGAUGGAUCAUGAGGACUUCAGAGCCUGCCUGAUUUCCAUGGGUUAUGACUUGGGCGAAGCUGAAUUUGCCCGCAUUAUGACCCUGGUUGAUCCCAAUGGGCAAGGCACUGUCACCUUCCAGUCCUUCAUUGACUUCAUGACCCGAGAGACAGCCGACACCGACACUGCGGAGCAAGUCAUUGCCUCCUUCCGAAUCCUGGCUUCUGACAAGCCAUACAUCCUGGCGGAGGAGCUGCGUCGAGAGCUGCCCCCAGAUCAGGCCCAGUACUGCAUCAAGAGGAUGCCUGCCUACUCGGGCCCAGGCAGCGUGCCCGGCGCCCUGGAUUACACCGCCUUCUCCUCCGCGCUCUAUGGGGAGAGUGAUCUGUGAUGGCUGAGUUUCUGUAAUCAUUGAUCCCAGCAGAAUGCAAUAAAAGCUGAAGUCACAGUUUGUUUCCUGGAAACGUUGACAAGCUUUAUUAAGAGAGAGAAUUUUACAGCAACUCAGUAAUUGCUAGCAAUGUAACAUGGCUGAAAUGAAAUUUCUACAGCAUAUGAUAUAGUGCGCUACAUAAGUGGGAUUCUUUAUUUCUGGGCUUUUAGCUAAAUGUAAUGAGCCAUCAGUUGGUUUGUUUCUUUGAACAAAGCAGAUCACUUGAGUAGUUUAGAAUUAGAAGCGCUCAGGAUAGGAGGAAAGUGAAAAAAGAAAAAUCCAAACUACCUAAGAUUCAAGACCGGGGGCAACUCACAAAUUGGUAAAUUAUAUUUUUAAAAUAUAUACUUCAUGUCUAAUAUGCUUAUCGCCAGGGGACUGCAUUUGGGAUUCUUGUGUUUCAUUUCUUGCUUUUCCAAAGAUGAGCUCAAUUUCUGGAUCAAAGGCGCUGUCACCUCUUUGGUCAAAUGCAAUAUUAUGAGAUGGGACUGCCAAGAAUAGAAACAGACUACUCAAAAGAUCUUUAGUACUUAAAAUAUUUUAAAUAGAGUUUAUGGUGAGCUCUUCAUUAGUUAGGACUAGAUAGUCCAGUUAGUGGGUUUUGUUUUGAUGCCUUACUCAUCCUCCAGAGUAUAACGAGAGGCAGUGUGGAAGUCAGUUUAAAUUGCCAGAGAGGAAGAUAGAGUCACUAGGCAAAAUGAGAUUUUAAGGGUUAUCUACUGAUUCCAGAUUCCUGUGCUUUUUCUAGAGCAUGUUAGUAGAGCCUCUCAAGAGAUGGCCAGUUUAAGUGCUCUGUUUUUAAACAAACAGCCUUCUAUAGUAGUUGUUUAUAGGAAGAGACAACUGGUACCCCAGUAGCUCUCCCGGAAGGACUCUUUUAUGCCUUUAGUCUUAGGACCUGUUUAGAAGAAGCCCGAGUUAGGAGGAAAGGGCUGAUUCUCAACCACAGUAGAGGUAAGUUCUCUCACUGCAGAAACCUUCCGCAGCUUCUGGGUUUAACCCUGUUGUGCGGUAGGAGUUACAGAGUGGCCAUGGCUGGGAUUGGGUGGCGUAUCCUGUCAAGCCCAGAGUCUGGCUCUGGGUGUGGGAAAAGCUCUGCUGUGUGACAGAGGCCACGUGUGCUCCUGUCAUCACAUCUUGAUCUGUUGAGUGUUCGUUUUUCUUGCUUGUGUUACUGUGUGCUGUAAUUCCCUGCUCUGUUUUUCCAUCUUGUUGACAACUUGUAGAGAAUAAAGCAGGAAUUCUUUUUA